AUGGAAAGGGAUCCAAGAGUUCCUAGUCCUAUAAAGGCAAUACCACUUUGCCACAUCUCACUUCAAAGAAACUUUCCAACCGAACAAGAGAUAUCGAGUCCUCAAGCACCACCACCUUCAUGGGAAUCCUACAAUAGUCCUCCUAGUCUAUCUCCUUUGAUGACAAAGAAGAAUCUUCUCCUUUACCUUCAAGCAGCCGACCUGGAGACGUCUAGCCAAGCCGAUUUCGACCGAGAAAAACACCUUCUUGUUACACCGAUUUCGACCCUGAGCUUAACGAGUUCGUGA